AGCGAUGUCCAGACGGCUGAUGGAGAUCACAGCACAGACAUCGAUGCUGAUCUUCAUGAGAUGGAGGUUGCUGUUAUUCAGAAGCAGAGACAGGACCUUCAGGGAACGAGUCCGGUGCUGUCUGGAAGUAGAGCAAAUAUUAAUGCUAAUAAUGGAUUGGACUCGCAAGGAAAUACGACAGAGUUCAACCAAGGAUUAUAUGGUCAAAAUCCACGCAACCCGCUGCACUCAACAGCAGUUCUUAGGUCACAGAGGUCACCCAUUUCCCAUAAUCCACUUACCAAUGGUAAUCCUCAUGGUCUACGAUCAUUGCAACCAUCAUGGCAAGCAGUCCUGAGUGAACCAGACGGUCUGGACGCAUCUUCAACUGAUGAAGACAAUGACGAUGAUGCUACUACUGAGGAGCUUAGAGCAUCCUUCCUUACUCCUUACCUCUCAUCCACACCCAUCACCCUCAACACUAAUCAGAACGCUGGGGGUACUGCACAGAUUGAAGGGGCUACUGAUCCUACAGUCCUCUUGCGACUACAGGGGCAGCUGAGGGAGCAGAAGCGCAUUGCAGACCGUGAGAAAGGUUUGCGCCACAACGCAGAGGAUCAUUGCCAAGCUCUAGAGGGCGACAUUGAGGAUAUGCGUAGGAAACUUGAGGAGUCCAGUCACAUGAAAGCAGCACUGGAUCAACAUUUAUUAGACCUAGAAGCCAGGAUUCGAACCUUGGAACAUGAGAUGAGCCAGGAGGUUGAGAAGAGAAAUAAUGCUGAGGUUCUUUUAGAUAAGACCAAGGAACAACUCAUCCGCAAAGAAGAUCUCUAUGCACAUGAAAUAGAAGCCAAGCAGAAAGCUGAGCUAGGAGCUAGAAAUCUUAGUUUAGAAGUCAGAACAGCUCAGAAUUUAGUGAGACAGCUUGAAGAGGAACGUGAUGAAUUUCGUUCUCAACUCCUCCAUGAGAAGCAUGCCAGAGCACUUCAGGAGGAAAUGGUACAAGACCAACUCCAUGCCCAAGACGUCUUGCAUCAGGAAACUUCCAGAUUCUUCACAGAGAAGGCGGAGGCAGUGACUCGUCUUGAAGCUGCUGAUGAGAGUCGUAGAGUGGUGUUAAACCAGAGCGAUAGACUUAAGACUGAGCUACAUGCACUCAAGGUUGAGUUGGAGCGCCAGCGGAUGAGGCAUCGAGACGAUCAAGGAAUGCUGACCUCUGAAAAUGAAGAACUCGCCAACAAAAUUGAUGAACUCAAGAGUGAAAUUAGGGUGAGUGAAGAAGCCUUAGCUCAUGCUACGAUGGCCUUCAAUUCCCAACUCAUGGCUGUUAAGACUGAGAAUGCUAUGCUUCAUGGCGGCGUCGAGAAAGAGAUGAAUAAAUCAGACAAGCUUCAGACCAAGCUGGACUCUGUAGACAGGAGACUCAAAUCCACAUCACAAGAACUGGAGAAAGCUCAACAGGCGAGGGCUGAACUGGAGCGUUCACUUCAGAGGGAGAGAGAUGAAUGGAGCUUGAAUAGGGACAAGCUGGGAGCUGAGAUUAUUUCACUUCGAGACUCUUCACAGGCUACAACCAAAAAGUACACAACAGCAGAAAGCAGACUCCGUAGUCUGGAGAAGGAGCUUCAGGUAGCAAGUACAUCACUCAUGGAACGUAGUAACCAACUUGCAUCCCAGCAGCGAGACUUAGACAGUAGAAACACACGCCAGAACUCUCACGACACUCUCCUGCAAAGGGAAAAGGAGGAUAAUUAUAAGAUCUCUGCAAGAAUGGAAGGCAUGGUUGAAAGACUGAACGAUGCCCAGAAUGAGAUUGCCAAGUUACGUCGUUCUCUAGACACCACCCAACAGGAGAAGAUUCAUAGAGAUAAGGAGAUGAUGGAUGCUCAGGAGAAGUUUAGCAGUACUCUCAAGACACUGCAAGCUGAGAAUGAAAGGACUCGUACACUCUGGGAGGAAAGGAUGUCUACAUCAUCUGAGAAUGUCUCAAGACUGAAGGAGGAACUUCAACGAUCGGAGCAUAAUAGAAGCCUCAGGGAUCAAGAAAUUAGGCAGAUUCAACAGGAGCUGACUGAGGCACUCAGGAAAUUAUCAAUAUCAGAAGCCAAUUUGGAACUCGCUAGAAAGAACAAGAAUGAGCUCGAUAAGGAAAAGCAGCAUCAAGGACACCACAUGAAACAGUUGCAGGAUCAGAUCACAUCCAUGGAGAGAGAUCGACGGUCUCUUGAGGCACGGAUUGAAGAGAUUCAGAAUGACUUAAUGCAGACUCAGAGAAACAACUUGAACACCUCACAACAACUCAUGGUCACCCAGACAACAUUACAGAGAAAGUCUGAGCUUGAGGAGCGACUGCGAGACUUGGAGACAGAGAAUGCUAAGAUGGAGAUGGCCGUUAACAACGAGAAGGCACAGAAGGAGAGCUUACAAAGAGAGAUUCAAGAAUCCAAUAAGAUGCGGGCAGGUCUGGAAGGUUUGGUUUCUACUCUGCAGACCAACUCCAUGCAUAUUGAGGACAAAUUACAGGAGGAAACGGCCAAUCGUAGUUUGUUUGCCAAAGAAGCUGAAGAUCACAGAGGAUUAUGGGAGCUAGAGGUCAAGUCAAGGUCAAGGCUGGGACUCAGGAUUGCUCAGUUGGAAAGAGCUAAGGCUGAAGUUCAGGCUCAAGUAGACGAGGAGAAGAAGAAAGUCCGUAAGAUGGCGGAGAUGAAGAGAAGCUACGAGGAGAGAUGGCAGAAUGAAGUACAGAGAACACAGCAGCAAGAGCAGGAAAACAGCAUCUUGAAAGCCAAACUAAAGGCAGCUAAGAAGAAACUCAAGGAUUUGGAAGCUCCUGAGGUUCGCUUCAAUUCUUUGCAGACUGGAUUUGAAAGAGAACGACUGAAUAUGGAUGCAACAGUAGCCACCCAGAGAAGACAGCUUGAUGAUUUGAACCAGCAGUUGGAGAGGGAGAGUGCGAUGAGAGCGGAAACUGAAAUGAAGAAUAGACAGCUUCAUCAAGAAUUGUCAUCUGCAAAGACUGUUGAGAAGGGCAAGGACAAGCUUGAGAGGAGCAAAAGGAAACUUGAGGAAGAACUGACUCAGAUGAAGGUGUUGGUGCAACAGAACUUUGUUGAGAAAGGAGAGUUGGAUAAAUACAAACAGCAACUGGACACAAAGGCCAGACUAGAAGUGAAUGAGAAACUGGAUCAAGUGAACGCUUACUUGGAAGAACAGUCACAAGCUCGCGACAAACUUGAGAUGCUGAGAAACUCCAAUGAAAGUGAGCUGAGGAAAGAACAGGAAAACACCAUCAAUGACCUCAAGAAUGAAAUGAGUAGACUCCGAAGCAGUUACCAUGACAUACUUGCCCAGAAGGAAACAAUGGAGGUUGAAGUUACAAGGUUUAAGGAGCUGUACCAAGACGCAGUGCAGAAGCAAGACAAGAUGUCUGCCCAACAAGAAAAGACUCAAGAUAAACUGGUGGAUCUUCAAGCCAAAUUCACGAUUCAGAAGCAACGUAACAGACAGAUGUUAGAUGGCAGUCUUGAUAUAACACCUGGUAGGCAUCUUAGUAAGAAACCAACACAAGGACCUCAAAUUGACUCCAUCACUGAGAAGGUUUGGAGUGAGCUGGACAAAAGCAUAACUCGUCACCUACAAGCAGCACCAACUGAUGUCGGAGCAUCACUGGCUGAAUUAAGAGCUGGCUCACUGAGUAGAAGUUACGAUGGAUACAACUCACCACUCCGCCAGGAAAACAACCAGUAUCUCGCCACACUUAGAAAGAACUAUUUCGUCUAGUCAAUCAUUACAUGUAAUGUUGUGUGUUAACCAAUCCGACAAAAAGAGUCUGAUUCAACUUUAAGUGUCCAUUUCUUUACAGUCCUCUGAAAUGUGACUUUGCAAAAAGUCUUUUGUUCAAGUAUUUAAUCGAUGUAUUGCCGGAGAUUCUGCCCGUCUUCUUUCAAGUUUUCAAAUGUGCAAUAACGAACCUAUGUCACUAUCCAACCAUUCGGGCCCAAUUUCAUUGAGCUGCUUUAAGCACAAAAAAUUGUUAAGCACAACAAAAUUAUGCUUACCAGAAU